GCAAUUUAUUCAUUUAUUUUUGUUACGGUAAAUAGCGUUUCGUUAACUUACUCAGUCCUCUAUGACGGUGUGCGUGCGCAAACCCUAACCUAGUUCUUCUAUAUCGGCACCUCUAUCCCCUGAACCCUGUUCCAUCUUCCAACCAUGGCGAACCAAGACUUCGAAGAGCGCUCGCAGCAACCGCAGGAGCUAGGGUACGACCCGAACUUUGUCCCCGACUCGGUAAAAUCUUUUGUGGUUCACCUGUACCGUCACAUCCGCGAAAAGAACGUGUACGAGAUCCACCAGAUGUACGAGAGCUCCUUCCAGACCCUCUCGGAGCGUCUCUUCAAGGAUACCCCGUGGCCCUCCGUGGACGCCGUCGCGCACUACGUCGACAACGACCACGUCUUCUGCCUCCUCUACCGCGAGAUGUGGUUCCGCCACCUCUACGCUCGUCUCACUCCGACGCUCCGCCAGCGCAUCGACUCGUGGGACAACUACUGCAGCCUCUUCCAGGUUGUCCUCCACGGCGUCGUCAACAUGCAGCUCCCCAACCAGUGGCUAUGGGACAUGGUCGACGAGUUCGUCUACCAGUUCCAGAGCUUCUGCCAGUACCGUGCCAAGAUGAAGAGCAAGACUGAACAAGAAAUCGCCCUCUUGCGCCAGUUCGACCAGGCCUGGAAUGUUUUCGGGGUCCUCAACUUCCUCCAGGCGCUGGUGGAGAAGAGUGCCAUUAUUCAGAUUCUGGAGCAGGAGAAGGAGGGGCUCGAGCAGUUUACCGCGACCGAUGGUUAUGAUUACAAUGGGGGGAGCAAUGUGCUGAAGGUGUUGGGGUAUUUUAGCAUGGUGGGCUUGCUUAGGGUUCAUUGUCUUUUGGGGGAUUAUCAUACCGGGCUCAAGUGCUUGCUUCCUAUUGAUAUUACUCAGCAAGGGGUUUAUACCAGUGUUAUUGGGAGUCACAUCACCACCAUUUAUCACUAUGGUUUCGCCAAUCUCAUGCUCCGCAGAUAUGUGGAAGCAAUUCGUGAAUUUAACAAAAUUCUCUUGUACAUCUUUAAGACAAAGCAGUAUCAUCAGAAAUCACCCCAAUAUGAGCAGAUACUGAAGAAAAAUGAACAAAUGUAUGCCUUACUGGCAAUUAGCCUUUCACUCUGCCCCCAAAGCAGGCUUGUUGAUGAAACUGUGAACUCUCAGUUACGUGAGAAGUAUGGUGAAAAGAUGGUUAGAAUGCAGAGGUAUGAUGAUGAGGCAUUUGCUAUCUAUGAUGAGCUCUUCUCAUAUGCAUGCCCCAAGUUCAUUACCCCUUCAGCACCUAGUUUCGAGGAGCCUCUAGUAAAUUACAAUCAGGAUGCCUAUAGACUUCAGUUGAAACUGUUCCUUUAUGAAGCAAAGCAACAACAGUUGCUAUCAGGUGUCCGCACCUUCUUGAAAGUGUAUUCAACAAUCUCCCUCACAAAACUUGCAAGUUACAUGGAAGUGGAUGAACCCACCUUAAGGACUAUCUUGAUGACAUACAAGCACAAGACACAUGCUGUUGAUAGUGAUGGGAAAAUUACAUCCAAUGCCGAUUUAGAUUUCUAUAUUGAUGAUGACACAAUUCAUGUUAUGGAGUCUAAGCCUGCCAAACGUUAUGGGGAUUACUUUUUGCGUCAGAUUGUCAAGCUUGAAGGGGUGAUCAAUGAGAUGGACGGUAUAAAGCUGGAGUGAGUUACUGCCUGUAAGACGCUAAAAGGAUUUGAUAGUAUUCCGUUGUAGGUUUCCCUUUCUACUUGCUUGCCAGGCCGAGUUUUUCCUGAGGAGUCUGUGUUUUUGAGGUGGAGGAUGUAGUUAGCUUUCUACAUGUAAUUCUAAAAUUUUCUUUCCUCAACUUGAUUUUAUUUAACGAAUUAACUUAUCCAUUUAUUGUUUCAAAAGAGGGCUUACAGAAGUUAAUAAUUCUUCAUGUGUUGCUCGUUUUAAUUCAUGAUUUAUAGCUUAAACACUGUGUUCUGUCUCCCAGCAACAAAGUUAUAUUGUACUAGUA